AUGCAGAACUGGGUGGCAAAAAUAUGUCUUUUCAUUCUUCUGCCAGUCUUCGUACUGGCACAAUGUCCCCAGCAGUGCAUUUGUUCUGGAAAUAGCGCUGUUUGUCGAGGAAUAGCAUGGACAGAGAAACCAAUAUUCCCGGAAAAUCUGAAAACGCUCGACUUGUCAAACAACCGCAUCGGCGAGCUUGACCUGGCGCAUCUAAAAGGGCUCGAAACGCUGAUUCUUGAUGGUGCUGCGCUCGACGAACUGGAGAAGGAACUCGCCCUGCCAGCUGGACUGGUCAGACUCUCGUUGCGCGAGUGCAAGCUAAGCCACGUGCCCCUUCUUGGAGCUGCAUCUGGAACUCUUCGUCAACUCGACCUUGGCAAGAAUCGUUUCCGCGAAGUAACAUCGCUUGAGUUCGAACAUCUGGAGCAACUCGAAGAGCUGGACCUCUCCGAGAACCGAAUCCCGCGCAAUAGGAAGCAAACUUCACACAGACUGCACUUGCCUACUUCCCUUAAAAAACUGAACCUUGACGGCAACCAGAUUCGAGAGCUGAGCUUUGGUCUCUUUUUAAAAUUGGAGAAUCUUGAAGUUCUCUCGAUGAAUAACAACAGCAUCGCAAAAGUGAAGGGCACUGUUUUUGCCAACAACAAAGCGCUUCAAUCGCUCAGUCUCAGUGGAAACAAGCUCAAGGAACUUCCUCAGUUCUUCCUCAAACAACAAUCUAAGCUAAAGCAUCUGGAUCUGAGUGGAAAUUCCCUUGGAGAGUCUGGUAUGGAUUUAGCGAUUUACAUCAAAGGAAGCCGCUUGGAAAGUCUGAACUUUUCAAAUAACGCAAUUUCGGAAAUAACGGACGAUAUACUCUACGAACAGGACCAACUUAUCAGUCUCGACCUUUCGAACAACGAAAUUUCGGCUUUGCCCUAUGAUCCUCUCAAAGGCCCUUGGAAAUACACCAGAAACCUGAAAAUUCUAAAUGUGUCAUCCAACAAAAUUCAAAAGUUAGAAGCAAAUGCCUUUGGGAAGCUUUCGAACCUUGAAGAGCUUUACUUGCACGACAAUAAAAUCGAGACGAUUUUCGACCAUUCUUUCCGCGGUCUUGACAAGCUCCGAAUACUUAAUUUGGCUAACAAUGUGAUCUCAAACGAACUGCGGAACAUCGCGAACUCAAUUGUCAAUCUACCUUUCAUCACAACAAUAGAUCUACGACAAAAUGCUCUGCGGCGGAUUACGCGAUCAACUUUUGCUUCCAUGGGACAUAUUGAAUCGAUCGACCUGCGUGCGAAUCCUCUCACGGAAAUCGACUUCGAGGCCUUCGAUGAACGGGCUUUGCGGGCGCUCAUGAUCGACUCUGAAGACUUUCUGUGUGACUGCAACUUGAUUUGGUUCUCCGGAAUGCUGAAAAAGAUUCAAUCGCCAUCAAACGACAACAAUCAAUGUCAUUAUCCUCCAAACUUACGUGGACAGAACCUAUUGGAAGUCAAACAUGAUCAACUCACUUGCGACCAAAAUCCGAAGCCGGUACUCAUCAAAGGCCCGAUGGAUGCGAAUGUCGAAAUCAACGAAGACGUAAAAUUCACAUGUCUCGUGAAGACGACUGAGAUUUCUUCUGUUGAAGUGGAAUGGAUCUACCAAGAAAGUUCAGAAAAUGAAAGCGGGGACACUCGCUUGACGCACAAGGAAGGUGUCAUAGAAAUCAACACCCCCGACGUUACGAAGCUUGUUGGCAAUGUGGUUGAAUCCUCACUGACUAUGAAAAGGCUGCAGCGGACGCGCGGAGCUUUCCCGGAGGGAUUCAUCAAGUGUCAAGUCCGGAACCGAUAUGGUUCCACUGUUUCAAACCUAGCGGAACUAACUCUCUUUCAACACGCUCACUUUCUGAGCACGCCACGCAACCAAACUGUCGAAGUUGGCGAUACUGUGAAGCUAAACUGCAAUGCUAUCGGUUAUCCGGAGCCGCUUGUUUCUUGGGAAUUCCCACGCUUACCCGAUGAGUACAAAGGCCGUACCCAAAUGUCUUCUGAUGGCCGCACUGUAACUAUCGAGCACAUACAAGAAAAUGACAGCGGGAAAUAUACCUGUACUGCAGCGAAUUCUGCUUCGAAGAUUGCGAUAGAUAUUUACGUCCGCUUGGCUCCAUCACGCGAGCUUAUUGAGUUCAACAACGACGUUGAGUAUAAUCUGGGAAAAGACGCAGUUCUGAAAUGUCAUCAUCCCACGAUCUUCCCCGCUGUUUCGACUGAGUGGUAUUUCAACAAUACGUUACUCCAUUCUAGCUCGCGCUAUCAGUUCGUGGACGAUAGUAGCAUACUCGUUAUCUCCCAUGUAGAUAACAAUGAUCAAGGAUUCUACCAAUGCAAGAUCUUUAACGAGCUUGGACAGGCAUCUUCCAUAACUAAACUCCACAUUACUGGUGCUAGUAUCUUUCAAACCGCCCCUUUCUGGCUCUGGAUUGCAUCUGUCGCCGUUCUCGCUAUGCUGCUUACUUCGCUGAUUUGGCUUGGAGUUUUCUUUGCCACCAAAAGCCAACGGGGUCAAUCUGACUUUGGAACAGAGUCGACAAACCUUCCGAUGCCUCUUGAACGACACCUAGAAGAUCAGCAGAAGUCUGCCAAGCGCCUCGCAGAUAACCGUGCUCAAGGAGUCGUUUCCUGGGGUUCUGAGUAUCAUCAGACUCCCACACCAGUAAUGCAGACGCCAUCAAGUCAGAAUUCAGAUAUUUGCAACACUUCCUAUCAUCAAUUACAACAUCCCCAAGCUAUCCCACAACACUCACCUUUCUAUAUACCGCCGCCUUCUCCUGGACCGUACGCUCCACCGUUGGGCAUGGGUCCCGUUCCCCGCUGGGCACCUCGAGCUGCGACUAUGCCUGAUUUGGAUUCGCAGUAUCAAAACUCGCCUAUUCAUGAUCGGCAGCUUAUGCCUCCUCCCGCCUUACCCACUCCAACAUUUUCCUACAAUCCUUCAAUAACUCGUUCUAAUAAUCAGCUUGCUUUUGGAUGGUGGUCGAAAGUCUUUGGACUCCAGGAGUUUGAGAGACCUGCCCAGAAGAAAUAUUCUUCCGAGUGGUAA